GAGAGAGCAAAAGACGGAGAGAGAGUGGGUGAGGCUGAUAUAAAAGGAUAAAGGCGGGGUUGUGGUUUGUGUCACAUGAUCCCCAUGCAGGCUGUAGCCUAGUGAGCUCCAGGUGGCAGAGAGACCACAGAUACAGUAGAUACAGAGAGAAAGAGAAAGAGGGAGCGGGACACGCUAGCAAACGCUCACUACAGAGACAACAGAAAUUCCUCAUUUACUCCCUCCCUCCUUACACAUCUCUCUUUGCACUCUUUUCUCUCUGUCCUUCAGGAAUUCUUCCCCGGUCCCGAUUGCCCCCACUCUUCACCCGCUUUUCUCCACUCCCGGCCCUAGCAGGCCAGGGAAUGUCCCGGCAGCGAGAUGCCUUACGUGGACCGACAGAACCGCAUCUGUGGCUUCCUGGACAUCGAGGAGAAUGAGAGCAGUGGCAAGUUCUUGCGCCGUUACUUCAUAUUGGACACACAGCAGGGAAGCCUGGUGUGGUUCAUGGACAACCCGCAGAAUCUGCCUGUUGGUGCAGACUGCGUUGGUUCACUCAAGCUCACCUACAUCUCUAAGGUCAGCGAUGCCACUAAGCUGAGGCCUAAGGCAGAAUUCUGCUUUGUCAUCAAUGCUGGGAUGAGGAAGUUCUUCCUGCAGGCCAAUGAUCAGCAGGACCUCGUGGACUGGGUCAACGCUCUCAAUAAAGCCACCAAAAUCACUGUGCCAAAGUUGUCUGAGGGCCAGCAGAAUUCAGAGAACCAGAAGGCUUUGCCGGAGGUCACAGGACCCAAGAAACAGGUCUCCUAUAAGACAGAGAUCAUAGGAGGAGUCCCCAUCGUCACCCAGACACAUCAUGAAGGUGGUGAAGGUGCAGACAGAGCGGAGCGUGAGGCCAUGCACCGUUCUCACAGCCAGCUGCCAUACUUCCUGGGCAGGCCAGCUCAGGAGCACACUGUCAUUAAGUCAGGCUACUGCGUCAAGCAAGGAGCUGUGAUGAGGAACUGGAAACGGCGAUAUUUCCUGCUAGAAGAAAACGCAAUGAGUUACUUCAAGUCUGAUUUGGAGAAAGAGCCUCUGAGAAUGAUCCCACUGAAGGAAGUUCACAAAGUCCAGGAGUGCAAACAGAGUGACAUUAUGAUGAGAGAUAAUCUGUUUGAAGUCGUCACCACAUCAAGGACGUUUUACAUACAGGCUGACAGUCCAGAGGAGAUGCACAGCUGGAUCAAGGCUGUCUCAGGGGCCAUUGUGGCCCAGCGGGGGCCUGGGAGGUCUGCUGCCACAGAACACGGCAGCCGUUCCACUUUCUACCGCAGCCCCUCGGGUCCCCCCGUCCCUCGCUCGCCCAUAUCUGCCAUGCCACCAUGCUACCCAGAGUGGGGGGCUGCUGUCACGUGCGGCACACGCUCGCAGCCUGGCGUGGGACAGCGAGCACUUCAUGAGCCUGCUGCCACGGCCCAGUCACAGCCACACGCCAGCACGCCUGUCCUUGCAGGAGACGCGCCUGGCCAAGUGACCUGCGAACCACCUGUGACCACCAUCACCAACGCAGAGGAGGAGUCACCGUGGCGACGGCGGAGCAGCUUUGAGCCCCACAUGUCUGAACCACCUAUGGACCUGGAUGACGCCGACCUGCCAGUGAGCGAGGUCUGAGUCGUUGGACUGGACGUUAAAACUUGCUUAUCUGGAUGGAUGUUGACAGAGAUGCCGUGGAUAAUGACGAAACCAUACGCAACAGGUGAAAAAAAAAAAGGGCAGGCAUUGGUUUUCAAACCAAAGCUGUUGGCGGGUGACAGUGUACAACAUCAUCUUUUGAGCACCUUCGCCAGCGACGUCAGUGUGCAAGAGAAACAAGUCGGGUCACCACUGAACUGCACUCGUGUGCCAAAGACGACCCAGUUCCACCCACACCCCUCUGCCUGCCUGCUGUUGCAUUUACAAAGGCAUAUUUAUUGUCCAAGAGUUGAUGUUGUCAAACAAAACUACAAAUUUUAGUUUACUUGUGCUUAUUAGAUUUCAGUGACAGAGCUUUAUUUUAACCUGUACAGGCACAGUGAUGUGUUCAAUGGUAUUUGUGGGCAGAGGAUUUUUGUAAACCGCUUUGUUCCAAGAAAAUAAGGGAGCUUUUAAGGGUGCAAGGUGUUUCCUCACCAUCUGAAAAGAGUGUUCAACCUGAGGACUGGCUUUUCAUCACCUCUCUGUAGUCUGAUUUAAACGGUGUGGUCCAUUCAUACACUGACUAUUGUAACACUGGAUUUGUCUGCUGUUUUUGGCCAGUGUUAGGGAUGUGGGUCAAGCCUGGUCUAGAGAUCCAACCCUCACUCUAAUGCAAAUGAGUAAUAUAAGUCAAACGUUCUGGCCUGGUCUAGGACUAGAUGCAGAAAAUUGGGAAUAUAUUUGUAUGAUCCAGCGUGUAUAAUAAUGCAAGACCAAAUGUAUUCCAGUAACAUUUAGUCUGAUUUUUUUUUUUUUUUUAGUUAUCAAGCCUUUGAUUUAAACUUCUUUUAUUUGUGAAUAUGAUGUAGAAGGGUUAAGGUCAGCAGUUUAAUCAUAUAAUGGUGAUCACCGUGAGUUUAUUAGUUGACUGUUAUUGACCACAAGCUGAAUUAGCUUACAUGUAAAUGUAAUGCAGUUUUUACAGUUAUUUCACCUCUGGUAGUAAAGUGAGAGUACUGUGCAGAGGCGCAAAAAGAAAAGCAAAAAAAAAAAAAUAAUAAUUGAAUGCUAUCACAGUACAUGCAUCACUUCACAACCUGAAUCAGUGUCUUUGCAAACUACGUUUCAGCAUA